CAAAAAGCGCGGCGCGACUCGCAGCGUUUAGGACCCACAGCGGUGCAUCUACGUGCGCGCGCAUCGUCCAGACACGUCUCUGCAAGGUCCGCAUCAGAUCGCUGCGUGCCUGCUCUCCUCGCUGGCGCGUCGCCGACGAAGCUGUCUGUGACCCUCGCUGCCUUCCACGCGCGCGCGGCCGCACCGCAUCAAUUCCAAGACCGGGAUCCACGCGCGGCAGCGCCAAACAGCUCGCAGAGACAAAAAAAGAGACCAAUGGCCACGGAUAAUAAAUACGACCGCCAAUUACGACUGUGGGGCGCGCAGGGCCAAAAAGCCCUGAGCGAGGCCCACGUCUUAUUGCUAGGAGCGGGUCCCGCCGGCACGGAGACGCUCAAGAACUUGGUCUUGCCGGGCGUCGGCCGGUUCACGGUCGUCGACGGCGAAAAGGUCGAAGAGCGCGACACGGGCAACAAUUUCUUUGUGAGGAAGAGCGACGUCGGACGGCCGCGCGCGGCGGCGACGGCGGAACUACUUGCUGAGUUAAAUCCGGAUGUGAGGGGCGCCCAUCGCGUCGCGCGCGUUUCUGACCUCGUGAGCAAGGAGCCCCAGUUCAUCCGGCAGCAUUCUUUAGUUGUGGCGGCUCAAGUGGAUCCUCAAACCCUACAACAGCUCGGCGAGCUGUGCUGGGCGGCGAAUCUACCUUUAGUUGUUUGCAGGACCUACGGGUUGUUGGGAAGUGUUAGACUGCAGAUUCGCAGUCUAGACAUUGUAGAAAGCAAAUCAGAAAACAAGCUCUGGGACUUGAGGCUGAGGGAGCCGUUUCCCGAAUUAGAUAGAAUGACGGAUGCGUUAGACUUAGAUAGUUUAGACGACCACGCGCACGCGCACGUGCCCUGGGUCCUUUUACUGGCAAAAGCGGCGAAGAACUGGCGCGCGCAGCACAACGGCGCGUCGCCUUCCACCAGAGACGAGAAGGAGGAGUUCCGCAAGUUGAUCGCGGCCGGUGCGAGGCAACUAGCGUCGAACGUCCCAGAGUUAAACUUCGAAGAAGCGGCACGAGAAGCCCACCGGGCCUGGGCCGACCCUAGGGAAUUACCCUAUGAAGCGCAGCAGGCCUUCGACCACGCUCGCGAUGUGGCCAAGAAAGCGCGGCGCGGCUCGGACGCGUCCGCGUCGGGCGACGCGCCGCCUUCCGUGGAACAGCUCUGUUUGCGGGCCGUCGACGCUUUUCGCACAGAAAAUAAUGGUUUACCGCCUUUAAGUGGUCCUAUUCCCGACAUGCACGCCGACACGAAUUCGUUCGUGGCUCUCCAGCGAUUGUACCGGGACAAGGCUUUGAGUGAUUUAACAGCGGUCCAGGUGCACUUCUCCACAUUAAUCAAGGAUGCGUUUAGUAGGGCACCGUCCCAGGAGGACCUCCAACUACUAUCAUUAGUUUGCAAGCACGUCGGCGACGUGCGCCACGUGUCCACCAAAUCCCUAGCUGAUGAAUUAGUAGCACCAAACCUCGCAGAAGUAGCUUUCGAGGGCCUCAUGGAGAUCGACGAGCCCAAGCUCAAGCCCCAGGCGCCGGUCUGCUGGUACGCUGGGUUGCGAGCCGUUGAUCGCUUCUACGUCAAACAAGGUAGGUAUCCGGGCCUGGACGAGAGUUCCUUGGCCGCGGACGCGUCAUUACUCGCGGACGAGCUUAGAGCGUUUGUGCAGGAGGCCGGCGCGGCCGAGGCCAUGAACGAAGCGCUCGCAGACGCGCACGCCCAAGAACUGUCGCGCUUCGGCGCUGCUGAAUUGCACGCCGUCGCGUCGGUCGUGGGCGGCGUCGCGUCCCAAGAAGCCGUCAAGGUCAUCGCGCGGCAGUACGAGCCCGUGGACCACACCUACGUCUUCAACGGGAUUGCCGGGGUGGGAGGCGUCGUCGCGGUCUGAGAAGUGUCUAAUUAUGAAC